CUGUUAACUUAACAUUUAUACAUAAGCCAUCAAAGAUCUUAUUAGAUACCAACAGAAAAUGAGAUCCAUUUAUUUAACAAUUAUAUUAGCAUCUAUAGCAUCAUCAUUGCGGUGUCCUUCUGGGUGGAGGCGCUACCAGUCUAACUGCUACAGAUAUUAUCUCCAGCGAAUGCGGUUUUGGCCCGGUUCGGAUUAUUGUAGGCAGCAGGUAUUUUACUCUGCACAUAGCACCAAGCCAAUAAACAGUGAAUUGGUAUCUAUACAUAGCCCAGCCGAAAAUGCAUUUGUAUUCUCUAUCGUGCCGUCAGGCAUUACCGUUCAACUUGGGCUAUACAAUAAUGUGAACCACAGGGAACGAACAUGGCAUUGGACUGAUGGGUCACCGUUUGAUUACAGUAAUUGGGCCCCCGGGCAACCGGACAGUUCCAUACAACAUUAUGGCUCAAUGUGGAAUUCUAAUUUUCCAUCGCAAUGGGAUGAUGUUGAUAGGCAGAGUUUGAAUUUUGUCUGCAAAGUGCCUGCUGAUGACUGUCUUAAGUCACCCUAUGAAAGCAGUACCGAAUGCAAAAAUGGCGGAAAAUUUAGCGACGACAGAGUAUGCAUUUGUCCAUCACCGUAUUCUUGCAUAGACUGCUCAUGGUAUAAUGGCUGCAUGAGUAAUCCAUGUCAGAAUGGUGGGCAAUGUAUCAAUAAUGAGCGGAGCUAUUCUUGUGGAUGUGACGAUGGUUUCACAGGAACUCAUUGUGAAAUAUAUGAAGGCUGUUUAGCGUUUCCUUGUAUGAAUCGUGGAAAUUGCUCGAAGGAUCUCGAGAAGGAAAUUUUUGUUUGCACAUGCCCUGAAGAUUAUUCUGGAGUCACGUGUCAGACGUAUAUCGGUCAUUGUAAAGAAGACCCGUGCGAAAAUGGAGGCACUUGUCAUUCGAUCUCAGUCGCACCAUUCUACAUAUGUCAGUGUAAGCCUCCAUACAUAGGUAUGACGUGUGGUGCCACUAGCAACGGUUACCUUAGUAACCCUUGUCUGAACGGUAGUACUUGUGUCACCAAUGAGGAAACGAACGAAACUAGUUGCUUGUGUUCGUCCGAUCACUCCGGAAAUAACUGCGGUCUACAAAAACUAACGUCAAAAGCUGACAAUCAAACUAGCCAAUCAAAUACCAAUCUUAUCGUCGGCUUCAUUGUCGUGACUGUCUCACUGACUGCUAUUAUUUUAUUAUUGAUCGGCUAUAUUUAUCUAAACAGACGUCAUAAGGGCGCAGACGCCGAAUCAUUUAUAGGGCUGCAAAAUGAUUUGGAAUAAAAGAAGACCAAAAAAAGACUUUUAAGAAAGGGAACGUGUAUAAUAGGCGCACCGACUUCGCAUGCAGCUUAUCUCAAUCAUCAAACAGCAUGGUUAGCUACUUGCAAGAUAGAUUCUAUACUCUAAAAUUCAUCAUUAUGCUUAAGAAUUGGAGUUAUUUCCAGUGACUGGAAAAAUAGUCUGGUUCUCUCAGGAUUUGAACCAAGGACUUGAAGGCAGCACCAUACAUGUUAUAUUUAGAGUAACUUUGGAACAAUAGUAGUAUCAUGAAGAAUAAUUUUGCUUACCGUGUUUGUUUACAAUUUAUUAGUUUGUAUUAUAAUUACACUAUAUGUAUCAUAAUUGAUUGCUCUUGUAUGCUAUAAUCGUCUUAAACAAAUUAAAUAAUAUAACAACCUACUUAGGCCUUCUUUUAUUUGUCAUCGUCAUCCAUCACCAUAAUCAUCAAUAACAUCUUUUUUAUCUUCACCAUCAUAAUCAACAUCAUCUGACAACAAUAAAAAAAAAUCAUCAUCCACAUCAUCAUGAUCAUCUUACUUUAUCUUCAUCACCACCACCAUUAUUAUUAUCAUAAAAUAGGUCAAUAUGACUAUUAGACCUACAGUACUAUUACUUUUCCUAUUAAUUCUCAUUAGGAUUAUCAUAAUUGUCAUUAUCAUUACCAAUAGUAUCAUCAUUAUCAUUAUAUCAUAAUUACUUUAUGAUGUAUGAAGGAAACGAAAUGGCAAGAUGAAUAAAAAUAAAUAGUGAAAAUAUUCAACUGGUC